ACAGAUACAUCUGUUCUGACCUUUUCAAAAGCAUAACAAUAUAAUAGAAAUAAUAGGUCAAACCCCUAUUUUCUUUCAUAUUAUCAACAAAAUUGGCUAAAUUAUGGUAGAACCUGAGUAUAAAAGGAAUAGAUAGAAAAGGGAAAACUUCAAAACAGUGAUCUCUGUACAUCCCAUACUCUGAAAAAAAGAAUAAUAAUAAUAAAAUAAACUGGAGUCUCUCCAGCCAACAACACAUACCCAGAAAAUAAAAAUUUAUUGUUUGCUUGAGUAAUUUGAAAAGAAAAACAAAUAAGGUAAAGAAAAUGACAGCCUCAAGCGGUAAUGAUGUUUUUGAAUCGAAAAUCACAGCCUAUGUUCUGGCUUGUUGGUUCCUGGCUGCCUUUGGCGGUUUGAUGUUUGGUUAUGAUAUUGGCAUUUCAGGUGGAGUGAGUGGGAUGGAUGAUUUUUUGAUAAAAUUCUUCCCGGCGGUGUAUGAAAAGAAAAAGCGUGCGGUAGAGAACAACUACUGUAAAUUCGACAAUCAGAUGCUUCAGCUCUUCACUUCAUCGUUGUACUUGGCGGCGCUUGUGGCCAGCUUCGGUGCAUCCAAGGCUUGUAACAUGCUCGGCCGCCGCCCCACCAUUUUCAUGGCGUCCGUCCUCUUCGUCAUCGGCGCCGCCCUCAGCGCUUUUGCUGAGCAUAAAUGGAUUCUCAUCUUGGGCCGCAUCUUCUUUGGUAUUGGUGUCGGGUUCGGGAAUGAGACGGUGCCGUUGUUUUUGACGGAGGUGGCGCCGGUGCAACACAGAGGGGCGGUCAACAUUCUGUUCCAGCUGCUCAUCACGGUCGGGAUAUUCAUUGCCAAUAUUGUGAAUUACGUUAUGGCGGAGGUGCAUCCUAACGGGUGGAGGAUAUCGCUCGGGCUGGCGGCGGUUCCGGCGGUGAUGCUGGGGCUGGGGAGCCUGGUGAUCAGCGAGACGCCGGCGAGUUUGGUGGAGAGGGGGAAGGUGGAGGAGGGGAAGGCGGCGCUGAAGAGGCUAAGGGGAGUGGAGAAUGUGGAAGCGGAGUUCGAGACCAUCGUGGCGGGAUGCGAUGCGGCGAAGCAGGUGAAGAAGCCGUUUAAAAAGCUGACGAAGAAGUCCGGCCAGCCCACACUCAUCAUCGCCGUCGUCCUUCAAGUUUUCCAGCAGUUCACCGGCAUCAACGCCAUCAUGUUCUACGCCCCGGUUCUUUUCCAGACCAUGGGGUUCAAGGCCAACGGAUCCCUUCUCUCCUCCAUCAUCACCGGCCUAGUCAACGUCCUGGCCACCAUGGUCUCCAUCUACACCGUGGACAAGGCAGGGCGGCGAAAGCUCCUCCUCCAAGGCUGCAUUCAGAUGGUGAUUUCCCAGGUGGCAAUCGGCAUAAUCCUCGCCACCAACUUGAAAACCACCGGAUCCCUAGACAAGACCCUGUCAACCGUGGUGGUGGUUCUGGUUUGCCUAUACGUGAUGGCGUUCGCCUGGUCGUGGGGGCCUCUGUGUUGGCUAAUCCCCAGCGAAAUCUUCCCGCUGGAAACCAGAACGGCGGGGUUCGCAUUCGCCGUCAGCACCAAUAUGCUCUGCACCUUCAUCAUCGCGCAAGCCUUCUUGUCAAUGAUGUGCGGGAUGCAAGCUUACAUCUUCUUCUUCUUCUCGGCGUGGAUAGUGGCGAUGGGACUGUUCGUGUUCUUCUUCGUGCCGGAGACCAAAGGUGUGCCUGUAGAAUUAAUGGUGGAAAGAGUGUGGAAGCAACACCCGGUGUGGCGGAAGUUCUUUAGGAACGAUGCUAGAAGCUAUGAAAUGGCUUGAAUUGAAGCCGCUCGAUCGAUCGGUCGAAAUGAUCCAACAGAAAAUUAAAGCAUGGCCGGCCUUCACAUUUCCAAACUAAGGUCAAGCUCUGAAAGAAGUCUGAGAAAAUAAAUUAGCAUAUGCAAGUUUUGAUGAACUCUCUCAUACUGAGAGGUCAAGUUCUUGUAAUCUAAACUCUGUCCAGCACUUCAAGAAAAUAAACUCUGUCAGUACUUUUAA